AUGGAUGAAAUGUACGGAGUGCCGGAGUACGCCGACAAGCCACUCAUGACUCCGGAGAGUCUGAUUUUCCCCCCGGACUACCCCGCCUUCCUCGCCGCUGCUCGGAUUCCCAUCUUCGGAUCCGACGACAUCUUCUCGUCCGAGACCUCCGCCGUCGCCGCUGCUCCAGCCGGAAUUCCCCGCCACCAGGACGAUGACGUCGCAACCACCGUUAUGAAGGCCAAAAUCGCCUCCCACCCUCACUACCCUCGCCUCCUCCAAGCUUACAUCGAUUGCCAGAAGGUUGGGGCGCCUCCGGAAAUCGCGCGUUUGUUGGAGGAAAUCCGGCGAGAAAACGACCUGUGCAAGAGCGACGUUGUUUCCACGUGCUUUGGAGCCGAUCCCGAGCUCGACGAGUUCAUGGAAACCUACUGCGACAUGCUCGUGAAGUAUAAAUCCGACUUGGCUCGCCCUUUCGACGAAGCAACCACUUUCCUCAACAAGAUCGAAAUGCAGCUCAGCCAUCUCUGCACUGGCGCUUCCGUUUCCACAGUUUCUGAUGAUGGGUGUGUGUCUUCGGACGAAGAUUUGAGUACCGGAGAUGGUGAUGGUCUAGAUGGGCAAGCAAAGGGUGAAGAUCGCGAGCUCAAGGAUAGACUUUUACGUAAGUUUGGGAGUCACAUUGGUAGUUUGAAACUGGAGUUUUCGAAGAAAAAAAAGAAGGGUAAGCUUCCGAAAGAAGCAAGACAAACAUUACUUCAGUGGUGGAAUGUUCACUACAAAUGGCCUUACCCUACGGAAGCUGAUAAGAUUGAACUGGCUAAGUCAACAGGGCUAGACCAGAAGCAAAUUAAUAAUUGGUUUAUUAACCAAAGAAAACGUCAUUGGAAACCAUCAGAGAAUAUGCAGUUUUCCAUGAUGGAAAAUCUCAACGGACGGUUCCUUGCCGAAGAAUGA